AUGUCAACCUUUCCCAAAAGCCCCAGCCCCGAGCCAACAGUAACCGAAACAGCUACCCGAGAACCUGAUGGCACACAAGAACCUCAUGGCACAAAAAGCUAUAUCGGCAAAGCCGAAGUCCUCAACCGCGCAAUCCAAAACAUUGGUAUGGGUCGCUAUCAAUGGCAACUCUUCGUGGUGAUUGGAUUCGGCUGGGCAAGCGAUAAUCUCUGGCCUAUUGUCACAUCUCUGAUUCUCCCGCCGUUAUCCUACGAGUUCCACCCGUCCAAAGCGCCAUUACUUACCCUAGCACAAAACAUUGGGUUGUUGAUUGGCGCUAUGUUUUGGGGCUUCGGAUGUGAUAUCUUCGGUCGGCGAUGGGCCUUCAAUUUGACAAUCGGUAUCACGGCGGUGUUUGGAUUGGUCGCAGCUGGAUCGCCAAACUUCGGCGCCGCAUGUACAUUUGCGGCACUUUGGUCUGUUGGUGUUGGUGGGAAUUUACCGGUCGACUCGGCUAUCUUUCUCGAGUUCUUGCCUGGGUCGCAUCAGUACCUGUUGACGAUCUUGUCCAUUGACUGGGCGUUUGCGCAAGUGCUUGCUAACUUGGUUGCAUGGCCUUUGCUCGGGUAUAGGACUUGUGAUUCUGGCGAUGGGUGCACUAAAGCUGAUAAUAUGGGAUGGAGAUACUUUCUCAUCGCGAUGGGUGGGCUUGCCAUGAUCAUGUUUGUGAUUCGGUUUGCUUUCUUCACUAUUUAUGAGUCGCCCAAAUAUCUCAUGGGAAAAGGUCGUAAUGUGGAAGCAGUUGAGGUUGUGCACGAGGUUGCGAGUAGGAAUGGAAAGACGUCAGACCUGUCUCCGGCGGAACUUGAGGAUUUCGAUCACGGCGGGGUGCAACACGUCUCAGCCACACAUAUCGUCCGCCAGCGCCUGGAGAAGGUGCGAUUCAAUCAUAUCCGCGCCUUGUUCGACACACCAAAGCGGGCGUGGUCAACAAGUCUAAUCAUCCUAGUCUGGGCCUUCAUCGGCCUUGGAUUCCCACUGUACAACGCCUUCCUCCCAUAUAUCCAACAGUCGCGAGGCGCUGAGUUCGGAGAUGGUUCAACAUAUAUCACCUACCGCAAUUCACUAAUAAUCGCCGUCAUGGGUAUCCCCGGCUGCCUCCUAGGUGGACUCCUGGUGGAGCUACCCCGAUUCGGCCGGAAAGGAGCCUUGAGCACGUCGACGGUAUUGACGGGAGCUUUCCUCCUGGCCUCGACAACUGCGACCACAUCCAAUGCUCUCCUCGGCUGGAACUGCGCCUUCAACUUUAUGAGCAGUCUUUUGUAUGCGGUGCUUUACGCGUACACCCCUGAGAUCUUUUUGACCAAGGAUCGAGGCACGGGCAAUGCAUUGACCGCGUCUGCGAAUCGGAUCUUUGGCAUAAUGGCGCCUAUAAUCGCGAUGUUUGCCGAUCUCCAAACCUCUGCCCCAGUAUAUGUGAGCGGGGCGCUUUUCAUUGCCGCUGGACUUUUGGUGUUGCUGAUGCCGUAUGAGUCUCGAGGGAAGUCUAGUCUCUGA